AUGGAACAGAAUGGAGCCAGUAAUGGGCAGGAUGCGAGGCCCACAAAGUCGCCGUCGCCGCUUGCUUCUGGCGCGACGACGAGCGCAAGCAAGAGCCCGAAGAAGAGGCGCAAAGUCAACCAUGGUACCGGUCCAGCCCGAGUCGAUUCGAGUCAAGCCCUGUCCUCUCCGGAUUUGAACAAUACGCUGACCCUGGAGCGCGUUCCUGCAGCUUGUGUAUAUUGCCGCCGAUCCAACCGCCCUUGUGCACGCUGUAUUAAGAGGUCGAUCUCACACCUCUGCCACGAUGAGCCUAGAAAACAAUUUAUGUCGGCCACGUUGGCGAAGAGCCAGCAUAGCAAUACCGUGGCGGAGGAGGAUGACUUGUCGCCAGAUCCGGUGCAAGGCAACAACACAGAUAUCGGCUUGAAGACCUCAUUCGAGCCAACGCUCGGUCAAUCGCAAGAGGCCAGCCUCACGUUAGGCACUGCUGCACUAUCCCAGGCCGGGCCUCCACAGCUGGCUCAGCCCUCGCCGUUCUCCGGGGUCCAAGCGAGGGAUCUUAACAGCCACAGCAACCAGUUUAUCGAUUACUCAAGCGACUGGCUUGGUUCACAUAACCAAUUUCAAGAUAUGCAUAAUUACGACCCUUCGUACAUGUUCAACGCGCCCGAAGUUACAAACGAGUACAACCUUUUGAACGAUUUUCUGAACAAUAGCUUGCUCGACGACGGUGCUCUACUUUCCGAAGAUACCUCCGGAUUCUAUAACGACCAACCUAGAGGAGCUAUGUUACCAGGGGCGUCGAAUAGUAAUGCUGGUCCGUCUGCCGCGCAAUCGUCAGUGUUGUUGGGACCCGGGGCUGGUCAAGCAGGGGCAGUAUCCAGACCAGGGAGCGUCAUUCCGACAGAUAAAACACGCGAGUACUACUUUCAAGCGGCAGACCCGAAUGGGAACGAUGCGCCCGAAGAACGAAUGCAAAGACUUCUCCGAGCGAAAUACGACGCUGGCAUGCUGAAGCCAUUCAACUAUGUGGCGGGCUAUGCGCGACUUUUGGCUUACAUGGACGGCCAUCUGCAUGCAGCCCAGAAACAGAAGAUCCUACAAUCACUGAACAAAUUCAGACCAAAGUUCAGGGAAAAGAUUCACGCGCUGACGGAUAUUGAGCUCGUAUUCGUCGAAAUGUGGUUUGAACGCAGCCUCAUGGAAUACGAUCGGGUCUUUGCGAGCAUGGCUAUACCUGCAUGCUGUUGGAGACGGACAGGGGAAAUAUGUAGGGGUAACAAGGAGAUGGCAGAAUUGAUACAUGUUCCGGUUGAGAAGUUGCGAGAUGGCAAAAUUUCUAUACAUGAGAUUCUGGCCGAUGAAUCGCUGGUCAGCUACUGGGAGAAAUUUGGCGGCAUAGCAUUCGACCAGUCCCAGCAGGCCUUGUUGACAAGUUGUUAUCUGAAGAACCCAGAUGACAGUUCUAAAGACCCAACAAUCAAGUGUUGCUUUUCCUUCACGAUACGGAGGGAUGAGUAUAAAAUUCCCUGUCUGAUUGUCGGCAACUUUCUACCUCAGAAUCCGGUCAAGCGCUGA